GAAAGUUUAAUGCAGUUAAAGUUUCGACUCCAUUCAAACAGUGCACUGACUGACACGCUGGGGGUCAAAUUGUGAGGAUGUGCCCGGUGGAGCUAUAACCAGAAAUGUCGAGUUUUACCAAAUCUGCCCAGCAAUGGGCCACUUUUGCACGGUCGUGGUACCUGAUCGACGCCAGGAUGCAGCCUCCGGGGAAGAUUGCAACCAUGUGUGCAAUCAGGCUGAAGGGCAAACAUAAGCCGAUUUACCACGCACUAAGUGACUGUGGGGACCAUGUGGUAGUUAUGAACACUAGACAUAUAGCCUUCUCUGGGAACAAGUGGGAACAGAAAGUCUACUCCACUCACUCUGGGUAUCCUGGUGGAUUCAAACAAGUCACAGCCACCCAGCUCCAUUUGAAAGAUCCCAAAGCGAUAGUAAAGCUGGCUGUCUAUGGAAUGCUCCCUAAAAACUUGGCCAGACGAACCAUGAUGCAGCGACUGCACCUCUUCUCAGAAGAUGAGCUCCCAGAGGACAUCCUGGCCAACCUGACAGAGGAGCUCCCUCAGCCCAGAGAGAUCCCACGCAAACUCAACGAGUACAGCCAGGAGGAGAUUGACGCCUUCCCCAGGCUCUGGACACCGCCUAAAGACUACAGGAUGAAGUGAUGUCAUCUUAUCACAGACCUCUGGUUCAUGUAGUUUGUGCUGUAGCUCUGGCAUCAUUGCCCUACAGUACCAUUAUUUUGAUAUUACACAAAGUCGACAUGUACGCUAGCAAAUAUACAAGUGAAGCAAUGUUUUGAUUUACAUUUUGUUGUGUUGUGUCGAUUCCAUACCAAUGAAACCCACCCGUUUAUUGCCUAUUGUUUAGUUUUCUUCUCUUUUUUUUUUUUUGAAUAAAUGAUGACAUGUCAAAAAGAAUUCUGUGGUGAAAUCCUGAUCGUCUGAGACGCCCGGCAGCAGUGCGCGCGUGCGGUUUGCCUGCCUCAUUCUGACACGAGACGAAGAAUAUUAAACAGAAAA